AGGUGUGUCAUGUCAUUCGAAAACUCCCGGGGUAUUUAAAAAAAACUUCAGCAACUUUAGCACAAUUAAAUCAAGAAUUUCGGUGGUAAACCUCAUUAAAAUAAUGGAGAAAACGCAAGAAGACUCAAUCUUAAUGCCUCAACCAAAGUUUAUAACAAAGGUUAAACGAAAACAAGUUGGACAUGGAUUUGUAUCUAACUGCAUGACGACAAUGAAUGGUUCUAACAAGAUGUUCACGCCAAGACCAGCAACUGGCUCUACUAGCUCAUUGCUGGACAUGAAACGAAAGACAUUAUGUGCUACUGCACAGGGUUCUCCAUUAUUAGCCAAUAAAAGGCAGUCAUUGAAGGUACUACAACCCACAGCAGGUAACCAGGAUGGUCUUGUUGGCAGAAGUCCUACAAAUGACCAGGAUAUCAAGAAGUUAAAUUUCAAUUUAGUUGGUGAAUCUAAUGGCGACCAGAAUGAGAAAAAUGUCUCAAAAGAUCAGAAGUCUUCGCACUCAUCCAAAAGAGGAAGCAACAAGAAAAAGUUGGCAAAAUCCCUUAACAAGAAUUCCAGUGUCGGUAUUUAUGUUGACCCUGCAAAGACAAGCAGCUCAGAUGGAAGCAGUAGUGACCCUGAGAAACAAACUACCACCAAUGAUGAUAUAUAUGCAAUGAUGACCCAAGAUGAAGCUCCUGAAGGCUACUGGAAGGAGAUUGCUGAGGAAAGGAGGAAGGCUCUAGCUGAUACCCUUGAAGAAAACAAAAAUCUGCAUAACACUGUUAAUGAUCUUACAAUUGAGAAUGAACGAUUGAAAAAAGUAGCAGACCAAGCAGAAUACUUUGCUGGAAUCAUUGAGGACCUACUUGGUAAGAAAAUGGAUGAAACCUCAGAUAAUGAAGACGUUGCUUCAGAAUCCAACGCCAAUGAAACAAAUACAGGUUGCAAACGUAAAAGAGAAGAUGAUGACGAGGAAGGUGGAUCAGACAACAAGGGACCUAGACUAUACAGCUCGGAUGAGGAAGAUGCAGGAGAAAAUGUUGAGGACGAAGAGGUGGACGAUGAAGAGAACAGUCUUUUUGGAAGUUAUGUAUGAUGAUGUAUUUGACUCAAGUAAUCACAUGAAAUAUAUCAGAUGUGGACUUCACAUGAUUCCAGUAAAUACAGGAGAUAAAUUAAACAUAGAAUUUCCUGCAAGAUGCAAUGCCUCCAUUCUUGCACCAAGUUUCUUUUAAAUUGCAGUUAGAUUAAUUAAUAAGUGAAUUUGCAAUUUGAUGUCUUCCUUUGCACUAUCGGAUGCAAAAAUUACCUCAAAAUUAGCUUAAGAAACCAUUGCUUAAUUUUUUUAAUUGAUUUUUUGUUUUAAUUUUUUCCAUAAGUUCCAGUAUUGUCAUUUUGUUUGAGUUGUAAACUGAAAAAUUCGGCAAGCUUCUCAGUUAAAUACAUUUGUUUUAUCUUUUAAAUUGAUUCUGAAAAACAAGUUUGUUUUUUUUUAUGAAUGAUUAUUUUAUAUUUUAGUGUAGUCUGUGCUAAGAUUGAAUUUAAUUUGAUCAACCUUCUAGUAGUAAACUUUUUUUUUAAAUAUUUAGUAUAAAUUGGUGAAAAGUGAAAGUAAGUUACUUAUGUUUUAAUUUACAAAAUACAAAUCAGCCAAGAUCCAUCUAGAGGCAGUAAUUGUAGGUAAAAAGUUGAAAUAGUAUAAAUAAAAUGUUAAUCCCAAAAUGUAAUUUACAUAUGACUUUAGUGUUUUAAUUUACAAAAUACAAAUCAGCCAGGAUCUACCUUUAGGCAGUUUUAGGUAAAAUGUUGAAAUAGUAUGCAGUAAAUAAAAUGUUAGUCCCAAGUAUGUACAGCAAUAACAAAAUGUACACCUCAUAAUUACAGGCCAACACAAUUCAAUAUACCACAAGCUUGCCUUCAUUCAUUUAUUGUAGGGAAGAAGUGUUUUUUUACAGUCUGUAAGUUCCGUAAAAAUCUCUUUACAAAAAGUAAAGAUAAAAUUUAUCUUUUUAAGAUAAAAUACAGUCUUACCUGGAAAAAUUGUGAAUUGAAGUUUUGGUUUGUAAUGUGUGGGUGGAACUACCUAUUGUAUUACUCUAUAAAUAUAGGUAAUUAUAGAAAGUAAUCAUAUACAGUAUUUUUACUCUUUAGCAGCAUAGAAUAGAAAUUGUGAACUCCAUCUGAUUGAGUAAUUACAAGAUUCUAAGAUAAUGUACAUACUAUUUAUGGAUUAUACAGCAUUAACUGAAAUAUAUCUGUAAGGCUGUAGUGAAUCCCACCAGUAUUAUAAUAUGCCAUGUAAACUGUAGUGGCCUUAGUGUAAAUAUUGUUUGUAAAUAUGUUUUGUGUUGUUAAUACAAUUGAUGUUGUUAAA